ACAAUUAGGAGAGAAUAAAUUUUACAGGAAGGGGAAAAAUUUCUAAGAGAUAAUUGAUUAAAAAUACAAAGUAGGAGGGAAUAUUCAUAGGGUUAAGCAGAUAGAUUCCAAUAUCAUUUCUAAAACAUUACUCCAUCUGUUUCAAAAUAUAUGUUAUAAUUUUUUUUGAUAGAUAGACGAAAUGAUAAAGAAAUAUAAUAAUACCCCAAUAGUUUAGAGAAGAUGCGUUAUCAUCAAGAUGUAUGCAAUUUAUGUUGGAAUAUUUUAUUAUUUAAUUACAUUUCGAUAGGAAUAUGUGGACAAAUAUCGUAAUAAUAAUAAUUAUUAUAUUAGCUAUUUAUUUUUUUGAACAAGUUAUUAUAUUAGCUAUUUAUUGAUUAGUGAUAAAAUUAAGUAAUAAGACUAUUAGACUUUUAAUUGGAUAAUUAAUUAAAUAUUUAAUUAAUUGAUAUGGACUCAAUGGGAAUGAGUGAAUGUCAGAAUGACCCAUCAACAGAAUAAUGAGAAACCCUAAUGGUCAUUCGAUAUAAAUGCUAUGGUCCCCAAUACACGACAAAACUCUAUAUUCUCUCUGUCUGAAGAGAACUUGAAGGAUAAAUGUAUCGGUUGAGGAAGAACCAAAUUUAGCCGCCGCUAACCCGAUGUUGUGUAUUUCGGAUCACGGUUUCUCCUCUCUGAUUCAGAUCGUUGUUGUUGAGAGGGUUGUCAUCAAACUUCAUCCAGGCUAAGAUCAUCCGACAAAAGAAGAAGACACAAAAUGGCUGAAGGAGAAGGGACACAAAUCAGAGUGAUGGAGGAAGAAGAAGAUUUGAUCAGCAAUCUUCCUGAUGCACUUCUAGCUAAUAUAAUUUCUCCACUUCCUUACAUGGAAGUCGUGAGAACAAGUGUGCUAUCCAAGCGAUGGGAAUCAUUGUGGAAACACACUCCUAGCCUUAAUUUUGACCAAAGACAAAUGUUAAAAUCAUUGAUCAAAGAAAACAAUCAAAAUUCCAGACUAAACUUCUACCUUGCAGUGACUGGGCAACGUAAGGUAGAUCUGGAAAGUGACGAACUUUUUGCUGAAGCAGCCAUGAUGAUUACAUCAAAUAUUGACAAUCAUAUUGGUCCCUUGAAGAGUUGUAGCAUUAGACACUUGCCUGAGAGUUGUGUAAGUGGGGAUGUUGUGGGGUGGAUGAGGAACUUACUAGAAAAAAGGGUGAUGAAGGUUUCAAUAGAACGUGAUUCAUGUGAUUAUCGUUACGGAGGAAUACCAGACAUGAUUGAAAGGAACGCUGCUUCAACCAUUGAUUUACCUUUUGAGGUUUUCUCCAGUUUUAAGGUUCUUGAGUUGAAGAACUAUCAUUUUUUAACUACACCCUCCCUUAAUCCCCAACAGAUUUUGAAUACUCUCACUCUUAACAAAGUGCAUAUUAUAUCAAACACUUUUCAUGAUAUUCUCUCUCAUUGUUCGUCCCUUGAAAAUCUUAUCCUUGAGAAAUGUGAUUUCUUAACAGAUGAGGUUAAGAUUGUAAGUCCAAGCCUUAAAUAUAUUAAGAUUUGUGAUGUGAACGAGCGUAGGAUUUUGAUUUCUGCAUUUAACAUGGAAGUCAUAGAGUUUGACUCCGUUAUUUGUAAUCAUGAAGAUCUGAUCUUAGAGACCCCAAAACUUCGGGUUCUACGUGCUUACAAUAAUGUUCAAAUGCUUAGACAAAAAGUUUAUAUAGAUGGAUGCAAGCUUUUGACAACAAGGGAUAUUAUUGAAAUUUGUGGUGGUAUUUUGGGUCAUCGAGGUUCUAGCAUGGAAAGUAUCUUUAAAAAUUUGGUUACCCUUUGCCUGGAUUUUGAAUUGAAUGGUAAUAGAAAUGCCAUAGUUCUUUCUUUUGCACUCAAGUCUUGCCCCCAACUAAUGAAUCUUCAAAUAAAUAAUCAGGUCAAUUUGGAAUACUAUGAUCAAAAUGACAAUGAUUGUCUUCCUUACCCCGGAGGUUUGUUUUGGCUGAAAAGAGACCCGUGUAGGUGUGUCAGCUACAACCUAAAGAAUGUUUGUAUGAAGGGAUGCAAAGGUGGAGAGUUUGAACUUGAAUUUGUUAAGUACUUAAUAUUAAAUGGAGGAGUUAUGAAUAAUAUUACAAUUUGGUUUUUAGAUGACUGCUCAUGGGAUGAAGUAGUAGCAACUGCAUGUUUACGGUCAUAUCCGAAGCUCUCCCUGAAAUUAUCUAUUGAUAUGAAACCUAGUAUAGAGUAUAUAAGAAAAUAUGGUGGUAGCUUUGAUGAGUGGGUCCGAACCCUAAAAUAAACCUCUUGAUGAAAAACUGAAGUGUUUUGGUGUUUAUUACUCAUGAGUUUAAACCUCCCGAAGUUGCUAUUAGACUUAUGUUAGUAUUUUAUGUUUGCUUGCUUUGUAUGGAUUUUAAUUUGAUAGUUUUGUAUCUUGGAUUUUCAUAUGUUCUUUGAAUACUAUUUAGUUAUGUUUA